CAACCGCCCGAGGCAGCGGAACUGACUGGCUGUGCCGUCCUCCCUGCGGAGCCCGUGGGACAGCGGUGGCAGCAGCAUGACUUCGGCGGCGGUGGAAGUUUUGGGGCUGGGACUGGGUAUCCUGGGCUGGGUAGGGGUGAUCCUGGCCUGCGGGUUGCCCAUGUGGCAGGUGUCGGCCUUCAUCGAGGCGAAYAUCGUGGUGGCGCAGACCAUCUGGGAAGGGCUGUGGAUGAGUUGCGUGGUGCAGAGCACAGGGCAAAUGCAGUGCAAGGUGUACGACUCCAUUCUGGCGCUACCGGCCGAGAGGCAGGCGGGCCGGGCGCUCACCGUCAUCGUGUCCCUGCUGGGGCUGGUGGCUCUGAUGGUGACCGUGGUGGGCGCGCAGUGCACCAACUGCAUCCGGCCCAGCAAGAUGAAGACCCGCAUCGUGAUCGCCGGCGGGGCCAUCUACAUCCUCUGCGGGGUCCUGGUUCUCAUCCCGCUCUGCUGGUUCGCCAACAUCGUCAUCAGCGACUUCUACGACCCCCACGUGCCGACGUCCAAGAAGCGGGAGAUGGGGGCCGCGCUCUACAUCGGCUGGGCGGCCACGGCCCUGCUGCUCUUCGGGGGCUGCCUCAUCUGCUGCUGCUCCUGCUCCCAGCACGACGACACCUCCUUCCCCGUCAAGUACUCGGCGCCGCGGCGACCCACGUCCAACGGCGAGUACGACAAGAAGAACUACGUUUGAGCGGGCUGGCCGGUUCCGCGGCCCCGCGGGAGCACGGACAGACGGCUGCGGGCCGUGAGCAUCUGCRGGGAGCUCCAGCGCUCCCCUGCCUGGAGGCGUUUCUUAACGGGGACCCCCGUGAAGCGGCGGCCCUAGGCAGGGCAGCGCCCCGCUGUCCUCCAGCCCAGCUCCCCGGCGGGUCCGGCCGCUCCGCUGCGGGCAGCGCCGCUCUCGGCGCCGCCGGSUCCCGGUACUGACCGAGCGCGCUGCCGGGCGAGCAGAGCCCUCCACGGCCGCGCACAUCAGCCGAAACAGCGUCUCCUGGGCCGGGGGAACCGAGGAGCCCGAGCCAGGCACGGCGGCGCUUACCGGGACGGCCCGUCCGGGCUUCACCGCCGCCGCCUGCCCCCCCGGGUGCUGCCGCAGGCCCCGGCGCUUCCCCGGCAUUACCGUGAGACUUGUGAGUACUUUMCCGCCCGCUAUCGCUGCCAGUGCCUCUCGGGGCACCGCCUGCCCGGUGGGCGCCGGGUGUGCGCUCUCGCCGAGGAGCAGCUUCCCACCUUCGUCACCUCUCCCGAAAGGCUUCAGGCUGGCAGUUCCCGCUCGGACUGAUAAGGGGGGKUUUGAUCAUUUGGGCAACUAAAGUAGGGAUCCUGUCCAAAGCAUGACGCUAACCUUGGUCCUUAAUCUCGCAAACAGUAACUGGAGAAAGUUAUUUGACUCUCUUCGGUUGUUUCAGUCCCUCAGUGAAGUGUAUUGGUCUCUGUAUUUUGAAACCUUGAAAGAUUUCAGGUAGUUGCUGUCCUUCAGUGGAGUCCAAAUCAGAUAACACUAGGUUGUCCCUUGAGGUUCUUCAUCCCUUCUCCCUCUUCAGCUUAUGCUCUGUUUUUACUUGAAUAUGAACUCAUUGCCAGAAUUAUUCAAGGACUAGAUUAAGAAAUCUAGGAGGUCACUGUAUGUCCUGACUCCAGCGGGGCCUCUGCUCCUCUCAUCUGCACUACAGGAGACUGGAAACAUAAAAAUUGCCCCAGAUAACUGAUGGCUGGGGGAGGAUGAGGCCUUUGUAGCCUUCUUGCCAAGCUCUGCUUGCUGCCAAUUUUGAAAUGUGUGUUCAGUUGGAUGUGCACUUGGUUGGCUCCCCAUGGUUUUGUUAACACGUGCUUUCCUUCRUUUACCAAAUCAAGCAAAAAAUUGCUAGAAGAAUCUUACCAAAAAUAUCUUAAAAGACUUUAUGAGAGGUGAUUAGAUGUGAAGCCAUGACUUUCACAGCUCUUAGCUCCUCCACAGUGCCCUGGUAACAACACUCUUCAGACUGGAAGGAAGAUGCUUUGGGCAACAUAACUAAUUUUCUGAGCUCAACACCUCCUGAACUUUGCCACAGUCAGAAAUAUCAGCUUACACUUUUGCAUUUUACACUGCAAAGACAAACUUUGUUGAGGGAGGGGCUUAAGGGGAUGGUGUGAUACUCCUCCAAUCUMAUUACUUGUAAAUCCACACGGGAUUAAGCUACUGACUGUGGCAGCAUCUGCAUUGCCAUAAGGAGAUUUCUGCCAAGAGUUAGCRAGGAAAUGUGCUGUUUAUACUCCUCAGAGAACAACGCUCCAACCUCAUAGAUCUCUCACUAUUGUGUAGCAAUACAGUGCACACCUGACCUGAGCAUUAACUCUUACAGCUUUCUGAUAACACCAAACUUAUGGACUAACCAUAACUGUGGGUCUGACAGAUUUACAUUGACUGUGUUCUUGCCUUAAAACCCUGGAGGUAUCAACAAAUCRCAAACUGGAAUAUGAGACUAAAGCCUUGCCCCUGCAAAUUUUGAUGUUGUGUAUUGAGCACAUGAUUUACCCUUUUGAAGAUAACUACUUUUAUUUUUUAAACACAUAAACAGCAGGGUCUGAGCUCAUCAGAGAAUACAAAAGCAGAGCAAUAUGUCAACAACUACUUUUGCUCUAUAAAAGAGGUGCAGUUAUACUGUUUCUAUUUAAAUAAAAGCUGUAAUAUUGUUUUUAUGAUGUGAUAUGUAGUUUUGGUACAAGUAUGAAAUAUUUCAUCAUUGCAACUUUUUAAAAAACAGUGUAACCUUCUAAAAUGUAAAUGUAUUUGAAUGCGUAUAUUUUGCAAGAAAUUUACCAAAGUUGACUUGUUAUAUGGUUAUAUGGUUUGGUGCCUUUGUUCCAUGACUAUUUUAUUUUAAAUUGUAACAUCCAAGUGUAUUUGUCACCCAGCCUAUAGACCUAGCAAAGGGGUGCACAGAUAUUAGCCCAAAUCCUGCACCUCACUGUCUUUUGUCUCACAUUAAAGAGCUAAACCCCUCUGCCAGACAUGUCUGUAUGUCUCUGAACAGUAGAGCCUUCAAAAGUGCUGCAGAAUUUGGGGUCUGACCAAAAGAUGAAAUCUUUCUAGACAGUGCAUCAGUGGCAUUUCAAAUCAAAACUGGUGUCUUUGGGAGAGAGAGGGAAACCCACACCUUAGAAGGGAAUGUUUUAUAACAAGCCACACUUCUUGUGUCACRGCAGGGCUGGAUCCUCUUAUAACCAAAAUCUGAAACAAUUACACAAAAAGACCUCUUGGAAGAAGCCAGUGCUAACUGUGCAUGUGCUACUAAACACAGCAUCAUCUUACCAAAAUCAUAACUUGUGGCUGAAGUCAAUAGGGCAGUGCCCAACAAUACUUGCAAGAAGUGGGGCCCAUUUUUAAAGGUAUUUUUAUAUUUAAUCUCAUCCUUCAGUAUCCUUAGUUGUUGCUGUGCUUUAAAAAAUAACCCGAGAGAAUGCUGUUACUGAUGUCACUGGYUUUGAGGUAAAAGUCUAAGUUGGUUUUUGCUAUAAUUUGUUUUCUAAGAGCAAAGAUCUAAUUCUGGACUUAAAAACUUGGAAGUGCUGAGGAUCAGGCCUGAACUCCAUCCCAAUGAAAAGAUAAAUCUAUAGCACUUGUUUACUAUUUUUAUUUUGUAUUUAUGAUUUCGCAUAAAAAUAAAAACAUGUAAACCAAUCCCUKAA